CACACACACACACACACGCACACACACACACACACACACACACACACACAUACAGUAUAAUAAUACAUACAAACAUUCAUAUCUCACCUGAACUUUGGAGCUGAGUUAAGUGUUGUUGAGAGUCAUCACACACACUGAGGAGUGGAGCGCAUCUGCUGCCACUUCAGUUUGCACAAACUCGGACAUUCACACACACUCACACACUCUGUUGGCAGUGCGCAGCAGGUAUGACAGAGCCCAGCGGGAUCCUGAUAAAAGGAGGUAAAGUUGUGAACGAAGACUUUUCUGUGAUCAGCGACGUUUACAUCGAACAUGGGAAAAUCGUUGCGGUUGGACAGAAUCUUCAGAUUCCAGGAGGAGUGCGAGUCAUCGAUGCCACCGGGAAACUGGUGAUGCCCGGCGGCAUCGACACGCACACGCACAUGGAGCUGGCCUUCAUGGGCACCAAGGCUGUGGACGACUUCCACAUCGGAACCAAGGCUGCUCUAGCAGGAGGCACCACAAUGAUCCUGGACUUUGUCAUCCCCCAGAGGAACAAGUCUCUCCUGGAGGCCUACGACUGUUGGCGUAAGACAGCUGACCCCAAAGUUUGCUGCGAUUACUCGCUGCAUGUCGCCGUCACAUGGUGGAGCGACAAGGUCAAAGAGGAGAUGCAGACACUGACCAAUGAGAAGGGAGUCAAUUCCUUCAAGAUGUUUAUGGCCUAUAAAGAUGUGUUCAUGCUGCAGGACCAUGAGCUAUAUGCUGCUUUCUCUCAGUGUAAGGAGAUCGGAGCUAUAGCUCAGGUGCAUGCUGAGAAUGGAGACCUGAUUGCUGAGGGGGCUAAAAAGAUGCUGUCUUUGGGCAUCACUGGGCCCGAGGGCCAUGAGCUGUGUCGGCCAGAGGAGGUGGAGGCAGAGGCCACCCAACGGGCCAUCACCAUUGCCCAUGCUGUCAACUGCCCGCUGUAUGUGGUCCAUGUCAUGAGCAAAUCUGCUGCCAAGGUGGUGUCUAAUGCACGCAGAGAUGGGCGUGUGGUGUUCGGGGAGCCCAUUGCAGCUGGAUUGGGCACUGAUGGUACUCACUACUGGCACAAUGAGUGGGCCCAUGCUGCUGCCUUCGUCAUGGGUCCUCCACUCAGACCUGAUCCCAGCACCCCUGGGUACCUCAUGGACCUAUUGGCCAAUGAUGAUCUCAGUGUGACGGGGACGGACAACUGCACCUUUUCUGUGUGCCAGAAGGCUCUCGGCAAAGAUGACUUCACCAAGAUCCCCAACGGAGUGAACGGAGUGGAGGACAGGAUGUCUGUUAUCUGGGAGAAAGGAGUGCACAGCGGCAAAAUGGACGAGAAUCGAUUUGUAGCUGUCACCAGCAGCAACGCAGCAAAAAUCUUCAACUUCUACCCACAGAAAGGCCGGAUCACCAAGAACUCUGAUGCUGAUGUUGUUAUAUGGGACCCCAAUAUGACAAGGAAGAUAUCAGCCAAGACACACCACCAGGCUGUGGACUACAACAUCUUCGAGGGCAUGGAGUGCCACGGCGUCCCCGUCAUCACCAUCUCCAGAGGCAAAGUUGUCUAUGAGGACGGGCAGCUAAAGGUGUCACCGGGACAUGGCAAAUUCAUCCACAGAAAACCCUUCUCUGAAUUUGUUUACAAGCGAAUUAAGCAAAGGGAGCAGGUGGGGAAACCUACAGCUGUGAUCAGAAAGCCCUAUGAAGGCAAAGUCAUUUCAUGAUGCCACUUUAAAAUCUCCAGCUGUGUGUCUUCAGUACAAUCCAGGAGCUACCAAACCAAAUGUCUGAACGCCGUCUCACUGAUAGUUUCCACAUUUUCAACAUGUAACUGUAACAUUUUCUGCUACUUUUAAUUUCAAAUAGAAAUCAGCGUGUGCAGGAAAGGUGGUGGUGUUGGUCUUUUGGUCACCUUUGAUCAACACGUAGGUCAAUGUUCUGUUUGCAGAUAAUAUCUUUGUUAUCUUUGUUCAACUGUGUGCGGUUUCUAGGUCAGUGGAACCCACUGUGCUGCCGAAAAUUAUAUUUGCCGUCACAUACAUUAUGCAAUCAAGUCAACAAGUAAUUCACUGAAAAAAGGGCUUAGAAAGGGGAAAAAGAGGACAUUUCAUCACGUGUAUGUAUGUGUACAUCCUUGUUCUAAUAGCGAAAUGUGGCUUUAGUCAUGAAUGUACCCGAUUUAUCUCUUACUGGGCAUUUUUACAGUUUUUUUUUCUAAAAUGUUUGUUGCCAUUUGUAACAUGACUGAUAUUUCUCACCCAAAAGCAUUCUUCCCUUUGAAGAAAUAUUAAAAUGUUCUGAUGUGUGAAAGCAUUAAGAUUUACUUUGUUGACCCAGAUUGACUGUAUUUGCAUAUUCAGCACAUUAUGCACAUCAUCUAUGCCCAUGUAUGGACUGUGUUCAUCCUUUCCCAUGGUAAAAAGGUCUGCUGCUGUCACUGAGCAUCAUGUGGCAGCUUCCUAUUGGGCUGGCAUGCUGGCGUGGUAUUAUGCCACAGGGCCACUUGAGACAUAAUGUGAGCUUAUCAGGUUGCCACAUGGGUCAGUGGCAGCAUGUGAGUCACAGAAGGCUUACUCAUCCUUGAGCGCUACCACUUCCUUCCUCUUUUCUCUCACAGUGGAGGGUGAGCGUUUCUGAAAAUGGUUGGUUUCCUGUAUUGGACAAUUUGUAGACAUAUCAAGGAAGAAUACACUCAAAAGUUUAUAAUGUUGAAUUAACUUUUCAAUUGAAUUAAAAACCGAGGUAAUAAUUGAAAUUAAGUAUUGAAUCAACAUAAUUUUGUUUAUAUAACUGAAAGUACACUUUAAAGUCAUGGCCAACCAUUUUAGCAGACUUUGAAAAGCUAUUAAUUUUACAUUAUCAUGUAAAUUUGUCACACAAUUACAAAUGUUCUGGUUUGCACAGUUAGAGCAAUUUGAGUUUCUACCAACUCUGUGGGCUUUUAACCUGAAGGUAACAUUAUAAUACAAUACGCUGACAUUGGAGAGCACGUCACCAACCAUGCACAUCACAUGGUCUAACUGUGUUCACUAAUUGUAUGAUAUUGUUUGAAUCGUAGAAAAGCACAGUAAACACCAGCAACAAUAAUGCACAAAAAAUGAAUCUUUUCAAUGCAUGCCAGAAGGUUUAUAUAAACUCAAACUCUGAACUUGAAUUUUUACAAGAAUUAAAAAAGAAUUUUGGACUGAUGGAACUAAUAAAAUAAACAUUUAAUAAACAACUUCAACGUUUUACUUUGAAAGCAAGUUGAUGGAAAUGUACAGAAAGUAAGAAAAGCUGGAUCACAAGGUUAUGAUUAAAAAUCACCUUCACACCUGUGAGAUGGUAAUGAGCAGAGACAACGUGUAAAUGGGAAGAGGACAGGUCUGUUCACUGCACAUGUAAGGGACAUCUGUCUUAGAUUAUGUAAGCAAAUAUCACUGUUCUACACUCUGCAGGGGCGACGUUACACAUGGAGGUAAAAUACAGAAGCCUGCCUCUGUGUUUCAGACUAUUAGAAGCUGUUUGGUGCUCUAUCUCCUAUCUGUUAAAUUAUCCACUGCUAUUAUCAUGAAUUCAUAAUUGUGAACUUAUAAUGCCUCCAAAAAGCCUUCAGCUUUUAUGGGAUUAAAUAUAUUUGUAAUAUAUUUGACUACCUGCAAUUACUGCUCAGAAUAUUAUCAUCUGCCUUGUUACAUAAUGAACAUGACAUAAUAUGUAUGUAAUAUCUCACA